UUGGAGCUGUAGACUCACCUGACUUUAAACUGGGAUAUUUCUGUGUGCUGAGCCAUCAUAGUUUGACGAGAAAUCUCUCCGUGAGCGCGAAAGAAUAUUUUUGUAGGAAACUUCGUAGGUGGCCGUCCCGUGCCGUGUUGGGUUUGUGGAAAAAGCGGUCCAGUCCGGACUUGUCAGAAGCGCCCUAACUUUUUCAGCGUGUAGUAGCGUCACCUGGCACAUAGCAGUGGAACUGCAAGCGGUGAACAAGGUCCCAAUCUUAUUUCAUUUGCUUAUUCGUGCAUUGUGCAAUACGUAUAUACUUGAAUCACAUAGUCUCAUCAUGGCGAAACGAAAGCGGAAUGGUCUCGACUCGGAAGAAGAUGUCGUCAACAUGUCAACAUUACGGGAACUUCUCGACAACCAGAAGAGGGAGUUCACAACUCUCAUGGAUCUCCAGCAGAAGAACUUCAACUCCUUCAUGGAAACGUUCAUGGUGACAACCAACAGGCGGCUUGACGACAUUGUUCGUGAGGUCCAAGACGUUAGGGGAAGCCUGCAAUGCUCACAGAAGGAGAUAGGUGGGGCUGAUACAUCACACUUAGACCAGGACCAGAGGAUCACUGAGAUUGAGUCAAAAAUUGUGGAACUCAGAGCUGACGUGGAUUGCAGCAUGUUGACGCUUUUUGUUAAGGGACUCCAGGGAAAAACACACAUUGUGAGGAUCCACAAGGAUGCCACAGUGGACAAACUGUUCUGGAAGAUCAGAGUGAAGACCAAAAUGACCCACAUACCUCCAGAAUCAAUCCGCAUCAUAUACUCAACCAGGCAAUUGGACUUUGAUAGAGGCAAAUAUCUGUCUGACUAUGAUAUCAGAGACGAGUCUACCCUUUCUCUUCUCCUGCGUAUCAACCAUCUACGUAGUACAGUGACUGCUUGAGAACUGUUGCUUCAGAACUGUGACUGGAAGUUGAAGGCUCCUGAGACAUAGUGAUUAACAAAACACCAGUGGAAAUAGAAUCUUGCAGUGGUCUCAACAAGAACUGUUUACACAUUUAAGAACCUUCGGCUUUGACUUCACACAUGCGCAGACCAACUGUGAACCGGUAUAUUGUAAAGUUCUUGAUGUUGUGAUGUGUAUUAAGAGUCUGCCUUAUUCAUACU